CUCCCCUCACCUCUUGACGACGACGGCAGCUCUGCCCGAAGCCGCUUGGUGCAGCGCCGCCAGGGGGCCGGGGAGGGGGGCAGAGCGCGACGCUCCCGCCCGAAGCCCGGGCGUCUCCCGCCCCGCCUCGCCCUGGCGUUGGCGCUGCCAUGUGCUCGGCGACGCGGGUCGAGUCCGAAAAGCCGGUUUCGCGUAGGAUCGUUCCCCUCUGGGAGCGUCACCUGGCUUGAUUAUUCGGCACGCCCUUGACGAUGACUGUGCGCUACUACGGGGUGUAGUAAGUCGACGCUGGCGGCGCUGGUUUCCGGCUCGAGCGCCAGCUGCAUUCUCAAAAACAUCGUUGUGUGCAAUGGUUUGGGCUACAUCUUUUGUAUGCUUUUGUUGCGGCGCGGUGGUGUCGAUUGUUUCCAUCGCAGUAUCCACGUGUUGUGCACGCACUACGCUUGUUCCUCUCCCAUGUUAUUCUGUUCGCGACGUUCGAGCACCUCCGAACCCAGAGUUGCGAGGAUGCCCCAGGAGUUUGGAGGAUAUCUCAAGGGACCACCUCGCGAGCAGCAUCGUCGAGCCUGCAGUUGCGAGCUUGUCUCAGGCGCAACUGGCUGGACCUCCUCUCGCGUGGCAUCUUUGAGCCCUGGCGAGGACGUCCCACUUCCGGGCAGGCCGACCUCCGUGCCGCCCGGCGAGGUCGCCAGCGUCCUGCCGGUUGCCGCCAGAAGCGAUUCCGGCCCGAUCAGCCCAAGGAAGCUUGAUCCGCUUCUCCUCAGGAUUCCGAUCCCGCAGUCCUCGCCGCCGCUCCACGGGGCGCAGCACUCCCAGAGGGAGCCACCAGCCGAAGCGGCCCUCGCGGACAUCGAGGCGAUGGUGCAGAGGCACUGGCAGGAGCUCCAUGGCAGGCUCCGCCUGCUGCUGGGCGGAGAGGGGCAGUCGGAGACCGAGCCCAGCCAGCGGAGGCGUGGUGGGGGGGGCCUGGCGGAGGUGCAGGGGCAGUGCUCUCUGGAGACCAGGCCAUGGGGCUGCGCUACGCCGCGGUUCUCGGCCCGCGAGAGCUUUCGCCAGGGGGGCUCCGCGUCGCUGGAGUUCGAGAGCUAUGCGAGCUCCGCCGCGCAGUCUGCUGCAUCCCGGGCCAGACCGUCCCUGCGCGCGAGCGUCCGGCCAGUCACCCGCUUCUUCUCCGGCAACGAGCCGCGGCAGUCGGAGUCCGAGUCGAUAAACGGCGGGGCGAACAGG